CGGACGGCCAAUCCCGGUUGACCCGCAAUGGCGGCGCCCAGGCCGUGAGGAGGAAGCGGCGCGGCGGCGGCGAUGUCGGGCCGGGGCGUCUGGCUGCGGACGCGGGCGCGGCUGCGGCGCUUCCCCGCGCUGCUGGCGGGCUGCGGGGAGCAGGCGGCGGCCUAUGGGCGGUGCGUGGCGGCGGCGGCGGGCGGGACGGCGGAGCUGCGACGGGACGCCUGCCUGGAGGAGUUCAGGGCGCUGCGGGAGUGCUUCGCCAGGGCGGCCAAGGCGACGCCCAAGUGACAGUGGGACCGGCCCGGGGCCCCUCACCGGCUCAGAGACGCUUCGGAUGAAUAAAAACUCUCAAACUCCA